AUGGAGCUGUUCCACCACGGCCAGCACGUGCGGCUGCGGAGCCGCGAUCUGGGCACGUACCUGCACGCCGACGAGGACGGGCAGGGCGCCUCCCUCCACCACCGCCGGGCGUCGAUGAACGCGGCCUGGGCGGUGCACGUGUACCAGCCCCCCCGCGCCCAGGUGCCGUACCUGCUCCUCCACAGCGCCGCCUACGGCCUGUACCUCGCCGCCACGGACGGGCCGGCGCCGGUGGGCCUCCGCGGGUUCCGCGUCGAGCUGCGCAGCUACGACCACCGCGAGGCGGACGCUGUCUGCUGGACGGCCAUCCGGACGGGGUCCGGGGACGACGUCCGGCUCCAGCACUUCAACCUCGGCUGCCUCCGCGCCAACGGCAAGUACCUCCCCUGGAACAACGGCGCCAGCAUCGGCCACAUCGACGGCACCAGCACGAUGAUGCACUGGGUCGUGGAGCCCAUCCCCGGCCGGGAGACCAUGCCUCCCCUUCCACGUUCCACCGGGCUUACCCUCCCCCGCGCCGUGCUGCCGUCGCGGCAGAUCGUGUACGUGUGGACGGACAACCACGGGGACCUCAUCACCAGCGGCUGGCACACGUUCAGGGGGAGAUCCGUGUUCCGCCUGAGGAAGGAGCUGGCCAGGCUGCUCAACGCCGUCCAAGUCUUGGGCGUCGGCGACCUCGUCUUGUGCCUCCCCACACGUGAUGGCCGGCUUUUCCCACUCCUCGUCGACCUGCCCAACAACCGCCAGCCCCUCCACGUCGCCGUCGUCGUCGUCGGGACGCCUCUGGCAUCAGUCUGUAAUGUGUUGGAAAUGGCCACUACUUCAAAGUUGCUAGCUGCAUUUCUCUUAGAUGAAGCAUCUGGUGUCCACACGGAUGUGGCGGUUCUUGCAGUUGUGUCCCCGGCGUCUGAAAAUGUAUAG